CAGUGAAAAUUCGUAAUUUCAUGAAUUAAUCUUCUUGUGAAAGAAUUGUGGUCAAUUUGUGUAUUUUUGAUUACAACAACUUAGUAAGGUGUGACAAUGUUGCGACCAAGGACAAUACUGCAGCAGAUGCGCGGGGCGCACUCCGCCACGUGGAAGAAAAAUCCUGAGCUGGACAAGAUAAUUCGCGUGGACCACGCGGGCGAGCUGGGCGCGGACCGCAUCUACGCGGGCCAGAUGGCGGUGCUGGGCCGCACAGCGGAAGGCCCGCUCAUACAGCACAUGUGGGAGCAGGAGAAGAAGCACCGGGAGAAGUUUGAAGAGCUCAUUUGCAAGUACCGCGUGCGGCCCACCGUCAUGACGCCCCUGUGGAACGUCGCCGGAUUCGCGCUGGGAGCCGGAACGGCACUGCUAGGUAAAGAAGCAGCAAUGGCGUGCACUGUCGCUGUAGAGACGGUCAUAGUCGACCACUACAACGACCAGCUGCGCACCUUGAUGGCUGACCCCAACGUCGACAAGGACAUCCUCGACACCAUCACCAAGUUCCGUGAUGAAGAGCAGGAACACCACGACACGGGCAUCGACCACGGCGCAGAACAAGCACCUUUCUACAAGGCUCUUACCGAAGUUAUCAAGGCGGGUUGCAAAGUUGCUAUUGCAAUAUCCAAAGCCGUGUAACAAGUGAUAAUUGAAACAGGACUUGGUACUCAGAGUUGUAAAGUAAUCACUUAGUUCCUGACUGUAGAUUUAAUAUGAGGAAUCUACGUUACAAGUUUAAAUAACCGGUAAAUGACUAUUGAGUACGGGAAUUAAAGUUACGCCUCGUGUGCCUUAUGUAACAUUCCUGAUGGCAGUUUUAGGUAACUACUCUAACAGGGAAUAUUUUAAUUAAUUUUCAUUAUUACAAUAUUAUUUUGACGAGUUAUCGUCGAUUCUGCUUGCAACAAAACAUUAGUUGUGAGGAGAAUUGAAAUUGCAAUUUGAUUUAGAUAUUUUUAAAAUGCACUUAACAUACAAACUUUACAAUUAAGUAACGAUGUCAGUUAAGCAUAUUCGUUUUGAAAUUAGUUGUAAUAAAUUUGUAUUAAUA